CCCGAGUGUUGUCCAUCANNNNUGAUGGACAACACUCGGGAGCCGAUAGUCAUCGAUGGUAUAGAAGUGCACUUCCCGUACAAACCAUACGGUUUACAACUGGAUUACAUGCGGUCUAUGAUUAGGUGCUGUCAACAGAAACAGAAUGGACUGUUGGAGUCGCCGACGGGUACGGGAAAGACGUUAUGCAUACUGUGCUCGUCGUUGGCGUGGAUUCGCUACCAACGACUUCUUAAGCCCACUCCUCGGGACCCGUUUGACGACAUAUUAAGUCAAUUCUUAGACGAGUUGUGGAAUCCAGUGGUGGAAACGGCGACCACUUCGGCGGCCAUUCAACUCUUAGACGAGAUGUGGAAUCCAGUGAUGGAAACGGCGACCACUUCGGCGGCCAUUAGUAUCGAUCAAAAGCCAGUCGUGUCCGACACUGAUAUCGUUAAUAUCAAAGAAGAGUGUUUUGACGUUCAGGUGUUUGACCAUAAUUUCGACAACUCUUUCGAUGAGCAUCUGGUGGUGAAGACAAUAGACGAGACGAAUGAGUCGCUUAUGACCAGUGAUGACGAUUCAAUGAUGACCAACGAUGACAGUAAACCAGAGGUUAUUAUCAUUGAUAGUCCGCCAAAAGUGGUUCCAGAAGUGAUAACCAUUGAAGACAGUCCACCAAUAGAGGCUCCAGAAGUUGAGGACGAGGUCCGCAGCGAUGAUAGCGGCGACAGAUUCGGCAAACGGGAGCCACAGAUUGUGUACACGAGUCGAACGCAUUCCCAGUUAUCGCAAAGUUGUCGCCAAUUGAAACAAACGGAGUACCGGACGGAACCGGCGGUUGUGUUGGCGUCGCGGGAACAGCUGUGUCUGUGUCCGCAGGUGCAGAGCCAGUCGGGGCCGUCGAUGCAGAGCCAGAUGUGCUCCAAACUGACAAAACACGACGAAUGCCAAUACUAUCCUAACGUUCAGGAAAAAGUGGACAAAAAUAUCGAGAAAUACUAUAAGUCGCGGAACGGCUGCAAAGUGAUGGACAUCGAAGAUCUGGUGGACUUCGGUCGGCAACACGAGUGCUGUCCGUAUUACUCGGCCCGCAAACUGGCCGACAAGGCGUCGGUGCUGUUCAUGCCGUAUAACUAUGUGAUUGAGCCGCGGAUACGACACUCAAUGAAAAUGACCAAAUCGUUGAGAGUGAAGAACUCUGUGAUUAUCUUCGAUGAGGGACACAAUAUCGAGGACAGGUUCGAGGAGGCGAUGUCCACAUCCAUGAACGGCCAAACGCUGGACACUUGUAUCAAACAAUUGCAUUCAAUUAGCGAAUGGAUGCAACGGACGCCCGAAGAGAAAGUGAACGAUAGGUUCAAAUGUGACGCCCAAUACAAUAUCAAUCGGGUGCUCGAGUUGUCCUCAAAGCUCUGCGAACUCCAGAAGCUUAUAUUUGCCCGUUUUGUGGCCAAAUUCGUUGACAAACCAUUAACUAAAGAGUUGUUUAAACUGUUGGACGAAUCGGGC